CAAAAAAAAAAAAAAUUCCUUACCCUUCUCAACAAAAAAAUAUCUUUUGAUAUAAAUCUAUUUUCAUCCUUUUUUUUUAUUAUAUUUUAAAACAAAAAGAAAAAAUGGUUAACACUAAAGUUGUCAUACUUGUCACUUUAUUCGUAGCUUUACUUGGUGUAAUUCUUUCAGUUACUGCCGCUCCUGUGGAUCGCGUAAAUCGAAGAGUUUCCUUUGUUAAGCGUGAAGAAAAAAAUCAAACAACUUUACAAUCAGAUUCAAUUCCUGUCUCUUCAGAUGGAGAUGGUACACUUGAAGCAUACAAUCCUGAUGAUAAAGUUCCUAAAAAUGUUACCGAUAAUGGCAACAGUGCUGAAGGAGAUAAUGGUGGAUUAUAAAAGAUCAUAUCCCUUAAUAAUUAAAAUUACACAUAUAAAAUUAAUUUAAUAAAUUUUGUGUGGUUUUUUAUUAUUUUCGUUUUAUUAUUCCACCCUA